AUGGCAAAAUAUUGUGAGAAACCAUUGGAAGAGCUCUAUGCUCCAGAGCAAUAUAUUGUUUUAGACAUAGGAGGUGGCACAGUUGAUAUCACAGCUCAGGAACGAAACAAGGAAACAGGUGAGAUUGCUGUCAUAUUGGCACCACAAGGAAAUAACUGUGGUGGGAUGGUUGUUAAUAAGGAAUUUGGACGAAUUUUGCAGAAACUUUUGGGAGAAAAUGAAACAAAUGAAUUCUUUGACUUAGAAACUUCAUUUCAGCAAUUAUUGUAUUCUGAUGAUGGCACUUUGAAAGCGCUUAUUAAUUAUGGUCUCUUUAAUGACUUUGAAGUGCAAAAGGAAAUAUUUGGCCGCUCAAGUAACAAUGAUGCAGAUUUGGUGGUAAAAAUUCCACACAAAAUCACUCAACAAUAUGGAAUGGAAUAUAUAAUGAAAAAUUUGAAGAAGUUGAAUGAUCCAGCAAUUGAGAUAGAGGAAGAUUCUAUCUACAUUAAGUAUUCUAGAGUGCACGAUCUCUUUGCACCAGCAAUAAAAGGUAUUCUUGAUGGCACUCAUAAGGCACUUUUAGAGCUAUCUAAGAAUAAAGCAUCAUCUCAGUUUAGGACCAUCUAUUUAGUUGGUGGGUUUGGAGGGUGCAAGUAUGUCUACGAAAAAGUUAAAAGUUUUAUUGCCAAAGAGUUUCCAAGCAUGAAUUAUAUUUUAAUAGUUCCAGAUAAUCAUAGGCUUGCUGUUGCUCAUGGAGCUGUUCUUUACAAAAAAGCUCCAAAAAUUAAUUCUCGUUGCCUUAAUCGUACAUAUGGAUUAGCAGUGUCAGUCAUGUAUAAUCCGAAGACACAUGAUAAAGAGCACUUUAAGUACAAUGAAGAUGGUAUCCCAAUAUGCGAAGAUGCCUUUCUUACCUUUCUACAAAAAGGCACACCUGUAUCGUCAAAUGAAGUUGCUGUAGAUGAAGUUUUACCAGAUAUUGAUAUUGACAAAGUUAUUAACAUUCCAUUCUAUGCAAGUGAAGAGCCCUCACUGGAAUAUUUGACAGAUCGUCCAUCACCAGGUGUAAUUAUGCCAAUGGCUGAAAAGGUAGGUGAACUUAAGUUUGAACUUCCAAAAGGAGAUAUACUUCAUAAAGAUCAGCGACGAUUUCAAGUUAUUUUAGAUUUUAGUUCUGUUGAAAUUGACGCAACAGUACGCUAUCUUAACACAAACACUGAUAUUAAAACAACUUUAAAUUUUUUGAUAUAG